AUGGAACUCUUCCCGCCGCCAACCGUCGACGAGAACGAGGCGCGUUACUGCUUCUUCCUGCCCGCAUCUACCGCUGAGCAGACCAAUGAAGACCUUCGUCAAGCUGCCGAGCAGCAGUGCAGCGCGUUCCUGGCGUUCGCAGCGCAGCAGACGCGAGGCUUCCUGUGGCACAAGCACCGCUUCCACCUCCAAGCGACCAGCGACAAAAGUGGGCGUUAUGUUCUGUCCGGACGCACCAGUGUCGGCGAUGCCAUUCAGGACGAGUGGGUCGUGGCCAAGCUCGUGUUCGACAUCACAAAGCAGUUCCCAGGUGUCGUGGGCCGCAUCGCCGACUCGGACGGAGAGUUUCUGCUCAUUGAGAGCGCCGAAGCGCUGCCCGAUUGGGUCACGCCCGAGGACAGUGAUCGCCGAGUGUUUGUGGUGGAUGGGAAGCUGCACAUUGCACCGCCUGCCAACAAUGCCCGAUUCAGGGGUAAAGAGGGGGAUUUAUACGAUGAAGACGCGCUGCAACAGGUGCUGGAUUCAGGUGUCGAGACGGAGGCCAGCGCGGCCGUGCAGCGGCUGAUUCAGCACAAGUUGAAGGAGGUACCAACGUAUCUGCGUGAAAACCGCCACCGAGUAAGGUGUUUGCUGCCUGAGAGAGCGGCGAGAGUUUUCGCAGCGAAUGGGGAGCUGGUGGGGCCGGCGGUAGAGGCUUUCUACUACCGUGAACCGAAGCGGGCCGGCCUGGUGUGCGGCAAGAUGGCUACGUUUUUGCCCGAAGGUGAGAAUGUUGUGGAGCACAUGGUCACGUUUUCGAGAGCUAUGUUUGCUGAGCUCAAGCAGCAGGAGUUCUUCCCGCCCAACGCAUUUCUGCGUCGAGAUGCUCGCUAUCGGGUUCUGGAGAAGUCGAUGAGUGAAGAGAACACGCACCCGGACGCGCAGGCAGCGGAUAUUGGCGUUAAGCUGGCGUGCGGUCUUGAGAUGCUGUAUGCAGGCGACGGUGAAGAUCAGUUAGGACGGUCGUGGAGGCAUAUUAUUGACGAGGCUCUUCAGCAGCAUGGCGUCAAGCUGUCAGCGCUGCCAAUUCAGCCGGACGAUGACGAUUCGUGGUUGUACAUGCACCCGGACACGCUGGAAAGUCAGCUACAGCGUGCGGCCAUGGCUGGAGCUGCUUCGGGUCCUGGUGGUGCCGACGAGCUGCAGAACAUGGCUGCAAUGUUUGGCAAGUUCGUGGAAGGAGUCUCGGGUGUGGAGGGUGUGGAAGGAGCACAGCCUAUCCAGUUCGACAUGAGCUCCUUCAUGGACAUAUUGAAUGGUCACGAGGCUGGCGGUAAGAGUGCUGCAGGUUUGGACGCUCCAUGGGGUGGACACUUCAUGGAUGAGGAUGAACCUGACAGCGAUGAUGAGUCGGAAGAGGAGGGAGAUGAUGAUGAUGAAAACCUUACUCUGGACGAGGCCAUGGCCGAAAUGGAAGCUGAGUUGGCAUGCACCAAGGUCGCGAAAAGCUUUUCGCGCUUCGAGGAAAUGGAGGACGACGAGAAGGAAGCUUCGCCUCCAGCUCAAGAAGAUGAGCCCGCAGAUGUCGGCUCCGCGUCCUUCUCGUCCUCUAAACCGCUGGACCUGGACUACAAUCUGCUGUCAAACUUGCUGGAAUCGUUUGCAUCUCAAGAGGGCCACGCUGGACCUGCGAGCAACAUCCUGAACGAGAUGAACUUCCCCAAGACCGCUCCGUAA